GGCAGCGCCCUGCCGUCGAGCGGCCCCAAGUGGGUGCCCAUUCCGGCGCAGCCGGAAAGCCCGCUGCCGACGGGCGUCUCGAAAGCAACAGCCCUCGCGGAGGCGAAAUCGGGAACGCCGUCGCAGCAGAGCCUGCCUAAGGCCAUGCCGGCAACACCGUCGCACCAGGGCUUACCGAAAUCGCUGCCCAUUGAGGCGAGAUUGACGCUACUGUCGCAGCAGAGCCUGCCGAAGGCCAUGCCUGUUGUUGAGCCGAGAUUGGUGGCACAGUUGCAGCAGAGCCUGCCGAAGGCCAUGCCUGUUGUUGAGGCGAGACUGACAGCACCGUCGCAGCAGUGUCUGCCCAAGGCCAUGCCUGUUGUUGACUCGAAAUUGGCAACAGCGUCGCAGCAGAGCCUGCCCAAAGCCAUGCCUGCUGUCGAGCCAAGAUUGGCAACACCGUCACAGCAGAGCCUACCAAAGGCCAUGCCUGUUGUUGACUCAAAAUUAGCAACAGCCUCACAACCAAGCCUGCCCAAGGCCAUGCCUGUUGUCGAGCCAAGAUUGGCAACACCAUCGCAGCCGAGCCUGCCCAAGGCGAUGCCUGUUGUUGACUCGAAAUUGGCCGCACUGUCGCAGCCGAGCCUGCCCAAGGCCAUGCCUGUUGUUGAGCCGAAAUUGGCAACACCUCGCAGCCGAGCCUGCCAAAGGCCAUGCCUGUUGUUGAGCCAAGAUUGGCAACACCAUCACAGCUGA